CAUGCUACUAUAAGACAAGAUAAGGAAAAGCUGUAACAAUAAUAAGCCAAAAGUCCCAAAUUUCAAUUAUAUAUACACAUCAUUCAUUGCUCCACCACCACUGUACAUCCUCAGGCACAUCUAUAAACACCAAUACAAAACAAGAAACACAAAAGAAUCGAGAAAUUCUUCAAAUUGAACAUCAACACAUAAACAGCAAACCAUAAAGUGUUGAAAUUUCACAAAAACAUCAUCCUCCUCUUAACAACUUUGUCUUCACUGAUAGCAAGAAAAAACCCCAAUCAAGAAUGGGUGAAAAACCCAAAGCUCCAGCAAUUUCUACACCUUCACUUUCAACACUUACAAUCCCAUCUAGACCCCCUUUUGAAUCAUAUUUUAAUAGUGGAAAUAUACCCUUUUUCAGUCCAGGUCCAAUGACACUUGUCUCCUCUUUUUUCUCUGAUUCUGAAUACCCCUCUUUUUCACAGCUUCUUGCUGGAGCUAUGGCUUCUCCUUUAGCAAAGCCGCAAACACUUUUGGCUGAAAAUGAAGAAGAAAAGAGUUUAGGGUAUAAGCAGAAUAGACCCAUGAGUUUAAUGGUUGCUCAAUCCAGCCCUUUCUUUGCUGGUUUUAGUCCUUCUGGUUUGCUUAAUUCACCUGGCUUUCUUUCCCCCCUCCAGGUAAAUUACUUAACUCUUCAUUUCAAAAACUUGUUUUUGUGUUCUGGAAAAUGGUUUAAAGUAGUAUUCUCUCCCUUCUAAUUUACGUCAGAUAAUUUGAUUAAGUAU